UCACGCAUAAAAAUUCCCUGGUUAUUCUGUUUAAAGUCCGUUAGUUUGUCACCGCCCUUUUAUCGCAGGUAGGGCAAAUCCCCAAUUCCCUCUCUCUUGUUUCGAAUCUUCACACCGAAACAGUCAUAUCUCCCUCUAUUGCCGCCGCCUCAAUGUCUCAGGUUGAUAAUAGAAACUCUUCUGCAGCGAAGCGAGCUAGAACCGAUGGCAGUCGUAGGGAAGAUGAUUGGACAUGCCCUAGUUGCGGGAAUGUCAAUUUUUCAUUUAGAACUACUUGCAAUAUGCGCAAUUGCACUCAACCCAGGCCAGCUGUUCAUAAUUCAAAAUCUACAGGCAAGCCUCUCCAGGCGCCACAGAGUUAUUUGUCAUCUGCUCCAUAUGUAGGUUCUGGAGCACCAUCUUCUAUGUAUCUCGGUGUACCACCUUAUGGUUCUUCCCUCUUCAAUGGUUCCUCUAUUCCUCCAUAUGAAGCACCUUUUUCUGGAGGAUCGGCUUAUCAUUACAAUUAUGGCAGUCGUCUUUCUGGUGGCAGUCCCUUUCGGCCGCUCCAUAUGCCUUCUGGACCACCCCCUUAUUCUAGUGGGCCUAUGAUAGGGAAUGGUAUUGGUGGGAUGUAUGGUGUGCCCCCUUUGAUGGACCGGUAUGGCUUGGGGUUGCCCAUGGCCCCUCCUCCAAUGGGACCAAGGCCAGGAUUUUUUCCGGAUGAUAAAUUACAGAAAAAAGAUGCUACUCGUGAUGAUGAUUGGACAUGCCCAAAAUGUGGGAAUAUUAACUUCUCUUUCAGAACUGUCUGUAACAUGCGGAAAUGCAAUACGCCUAAGCCCGGAUCUCAGACUCCAAAAUCUGAUAAAAGUUCAAAACAAAAGAUGCCAGAAGGAAGCUGGAAGUGUGAGAAAUGUAGCAAUAUUAACUAUCCUUUUAGGACAAAGUGCAACAGACAAAAUUGUGGGGCUGAGAAACCAGCUGAAUCAAAGAAGUCGCCCUCCCCAACAGUGAAUGAAAAUGAUCAGUGAGUACUAGGACAUGUUUGAGGGUUGAGAAGGUCCAGAGUUAUCCAGCAUUGCUCAAUCUGGGUGUCUGAAAGUCAGUCUUGUCGUCCUCAUUUUGCAGCGGUUGUCAAGUUACUCUUCCUUCUCAUUGAUCAGUGUCCAGUUUUUGUAUUAAUGCUAUGGUACUUCUGGUCUUUAUGGAUCGUUGGUGCAUUAUGUGUCAACCAUCUUAAUCCAGAAAAUAUUUACAGGUUGGUUCUGGUUUCGGUGAGGUUGAUUUUGUAAUUUGGAAUCAACUUAGCUAUUCUAGUGAGCAUGUUACUGUGAACUUAGAUAUAUUGCUAGUGGGUAAAAGACACUGCAAGUUUCACA